AGUUGCUCAAUUUGAGAGUAUUCUUUCCUGAACAAAAUGCUGUUAGAUUGAGUUGAGGACACAUGCCCAAUUUGUCCAGUAGCUCACUUCUCAAUGGGGUUUUCGGUGUUGGGAUCAUUGGGUUCUCAUGUUUUUGUAAGAACUUCUCAUCCGAGACCUUUAACGAUUCAAUCGGUCAGAGAAAGAGAGAGGCGCAACAUUAGUUUCAAGCUCUCAAGGUUUAAGGUCAUGUCACGCAAGUCCGAAUUAGUUGAUUUUGAUGAGAGAACCAGCCCGAUCGAGGUCAGGAAAGAGAUUGAAAGAUGUUAUGAACUGAUACACAGACUUGGGAGAGGGGUUGUGUAUUUGGGAUCUUCAAGGAUGGGACCUGAUCAUUCACAUUAUUUGCAAGUACUUGAGUUGGGUAGGGAGAUUGCAAACCUUUUGGAAUGUACUUCAUGGACGGGGGCUGGUCCAGGGCUAAUGGAUGCUGCUACGAAAGGUGCUUUGCAAGCAGGAAAACCAGUUGGUGGAUUUAAGAUUGGCAAAGAAGCUGGAGAAUGGACAGCGUCAAAUUACCAUCCUUACCUACCUUCAGAAGUUUAUCUCACAUGCAGGUUUUUCUCUGCUAGAAAACAUGGGUUGGUAGAUGCUGCAGUUAGAAGCAGCAGUGCUGAUAAGACUGCAGUAGUUGCUCUCCCCGGUGGGAUUGGUACUCUAGAUGAAAUGUUUGAGAUAUUAGCACUAAUUCAGCUACAGCGGAUUGGAUCAGAGCUUCCAGUUCCAUUCUUGUUGAUGAAUUAUGACUCAUUCUAUUCAAAGCUACUGGACUUUCUUGAUGAUUGUGAGGUUUGGGGUACUCUCUCCAAGGGAGAGGUUUCAUGUCUGUGGAAGGUUUGUGAUAGCAACUCUGAGGCUCUAUCUUAUUUGGCUGAGUUUUAUAACUUACAUGCUAGUGACAAAGAUAACCAUGCAAAAGAAUUGCUUAGUGCAAGUUGAACAAGUUCUUGAUGACAUUUGGAGUUGAUAAAGUGGUUGUCUGUAUUUCCCUUUAGUGUAUGUUGUGAAAGCCUGUUGUGAACAU